AUGAUAGUGGAUCAACUACUGGAGGAAAUCUCCAAAUCAGACGACACCAAGGAGAAUGAACUAAAUGCCAAGAACAGCCAGUCCCAAAUUGUCAAGCUUGUGGACGAUCUCGUCGAAUGGAAACCACCUGAGUCUUCUGAUUCAUCACCAUCCGCUGCUAGUAGUAGUACGGAACCCAAGAAUAAUGAAUCCGAAGACCAAGAGGAGAAUUUUGACGAAUUGAUCGGUUACUACAAUGUUUCCUACACGUUGACCUCCAAACCCAAGGAAAAUCCCGUCGGUGGCAAGUGGACUCGAUCCCAACGAUUGUUAAAGAUUCAGCGAACGAUGCAACAUGUCUUGCCAUUGUCGUCAUCGUCGUCGACAUCGUCGUCAGCAAAAGGAGCAGCAGUGGCACAAGUUAUCAAUGCCAUAUUUUUGGAAUGUUUUUGGGGGCUGUUGCCAAUUUGGAUUGUUCUACGAGGGGAUGCUGUGCCAUUGAACAAGAUACCGAAAGAAGAACCAUCCACCAAAGCGACGACAAAUAAGGGCAAAAAGAAGAAAUCGCCACCAUCCCUAUUGCCAGGUUUGUCUCCGAGAACGGUCCGAGCCUACUUUGAUUCGCCUCGAUUUGCUAUUGGCAAGUUUGUCUUUUCCUUUGGUCCUACCUCGAGUGUGGUAUUGGAUACUCCCUACAUUGACGACAGAAUUCGGCUUGGAGUGGGUGGUACCUCUGGCACCAAGUUUGUCUUUUCACGAAUAAAGGAUGAGCAGGACAACGAAGCAGUCGAUGGUUGGAAAUGGGUAUUGGAAAAAGAGUCUACCAUUACCAAGACCAAGGCUAGCUAUGGACUCUUGUGGACAAGUCUACUUAGCGGAUUUGCCUACAAAUCCUUGCGAUUUGGAAUGGGCAAGAUUGUGGCAAGCACUGUCUUCUUAGCGAGUUUGGUAUCCCUGGGAUUGGUCAUGGCAUCCACGGGUGGCAUUGAAACCAACAGUGAUAAUUAUACACCGGGAGUGGCUGAAGCAGGAGGAGGAGGAGGAAAGUAG